AUGAAAUUAAUUUCUGCUUUAGCAUUUGAUAAUCUUAUUGCAAAAAAAUUAGUUAAAAAAGUUAUUACUACUGAUAAUGUAAAGGAUGUAAUUAUUAUGGUUCCAUGUUAUUCUGAAGGUUAUGAAUCUAUGAAAGCUUCAUUUGAUUCUUUGGUAGCCACUGAUUAUCCAGAUCAAAAUAAAAUAUUAUUCAUUAUAGCUGAUGGGAACAUUACUGGUAGUGGGAAUGAUAAAUCAACUCCAGACAUUUUAUUAGAUUUCAUAGUACCUUAUAAUGAAAAUUUUGAUAAUGUAAGAGCAAAAAGUUAUUUAUCAAUAGGAGAAGGAACGAAGAGGCAUAAUAUGGCAAAAGUAUAUAUAGGACAUUAUCAAUAUCAAAAUAGAAAUAUUCCAACGUUAUUAAUCGUUAAAGUAGGGAAUCAAGAAGAAAGAAAUUAUCCUAAAGCUGGUAAUAGAGGAAAAAGAGAUUCACAAUUAGUUUUAAUGCAGAUGUUACAUCAUGCUUUUAAUAAUGGUAAAAUGUCACCAUUAGAAUUUGAUAUUUUUGAAAAAUAUCGUAAAUUAACUCAAAGGACCAUCGAUAAAUGUGAAUUUGUAAUGAUGGUUGAUGCAGAUACUAUCGUUAAAGAAGAUAGUGUAAGUAAUAUGGUUAAUUAUAUGCUUAAUGAUCCUUCCGUCACUGGUCUUUGUGGUGAAACCAGAAUAUUAAACAAAACAGAAAAUUGGGUAACUUUGAUUCAGGUCUUUGAAUAUUAUCUAUCUCAUCAUUUGGGAAAAUCAUUUGAAGCCGUAUUCGCGAGCGUCACGUGUUUACCCGGAUGUUUUUGUAUGUACAGAGUAUUCGCAUAUAAUUAUGAUGGGAAUCGCGUACCAAUUCUAGUAGAUGAGAAUAUAAUGAUGAAUUAUAGUACAAAUGAGGUGACAACCCUUCAUCAACAGAAUUUAUUAUUAUUAGGAGAGGAUCGUUACCUUACCACAUUAAUGUUAAGAGCAUUCCCAAAACGUAAAACGGCAUAUUGUCCAUCGGCAAUAUGUGAAACAAUAGCGCCAGCGGAAUUUAAAGUAUUAGUAUCACAAAGACGUAGAUGGAUUAAUGGAACGAUACAUAACAUGUUUGAAUUAUUAGUAACAUCCGAAUUACCUGGUCGAUUCUGUUUUUCAAUGCAAUUUUCAGUAUUCUUAGAUAUAAUUGGUACUUUUACGUCCCCAUUUGCAUUACUGUACGUUUUAUAUACAUUUAUAGGCUUAGUUGCCGGUUUUCCUUUUCAAACAGCAGUAAUUUUUUCUGCUAUAUCAUUCUCUUUACAAUUAAUAUUAGCAAUCUUUACUUCUUUUGAUCCAAUCAUUGUAAUGUGGUUUUUUAUUUACCUAUUUUCGGUUCCUAUUUGGUAUAUAAUUUUACCUUUAUACUCUUUUUGGAAUUUUGAUGAUUUUACUUGGGGUGCUACAAGAAAACUUAAUGAUGAUGGUACUUCAAGUUAUAGUGAUACUAUUUUUGAUAAAUUUGAUCCUAAAUCUGUACCAUUUAAAAAAUGGGAGCAAUGGGUUAAAAGUACAAAUAGUAAAGGUGUCAGUAAAAGUGUCUCUUAUAAAUAUAUAUAG